GACAACCGUUAAGGAAAUGUCCUCCGUGUAUGCACUAAAAUGUCUUUUUGUUAAAUUCCACCUUAUUGGAACAAACGAACGUUAAAACUCAAAAUGCACAAUAAAAAAGCUGCAAAAGACUUGAGUAAAAGCCUGGAAAAAGCAUGCAAACAGGAAGCAUCCAGGUCAGUAGACUCUGAGCUUUGCAGUUGUGUCACAAACCUCCAGUGACCACGCCUGGUGGUCAACCACAGUCUGGGAAUCAGUCUGAACACAAACAAGCCGGGAGACAAAAGAAUCAGGAUUUCUGCUGCUGCUUCAGUCCGACUCCCACCUCAGGCCUCGUUUAAACACCAACCGAGUAUUUAAACAACCUUAAGUAAACCUGAAAACUAAGAAUAUGCCUCGUUUGCCUGUUUCCAGCCUCAUGCAAAGACUGGGCGUUACAAUUAGGGCACAAAAACCAGCACUUAUAAACUGUUAAUCGGUCACUUUUCGUAUUUGGUAACUAUACUUUAGGAAACAUCCAGUUUUUCCUCUACAGGCCAUAACCUCUGCAGAUAAACGCUGGUUUUUAUGCAGUUUAGAUCUGGUGAAUUAAUCUUCACCAUGCUGUAUGAUCAUAAUCUGGAUUUAAACCCAUUCGAGCCAAACCACUGGUGGGACAGUGAACGGUGAAGGCAUUUGGCUCCAAUCAAAGGUCAGAUCCCUGGAACAACAGCUGCAGCCGGCAGCCAAAACACAGUUUGGGGAACAAAAGCAGAAAAUCCUCGUUCUCUAAUGUUAUGAUCAUCGUGGCUGUUCUCCACCGAGAGAUCACACCGGUCUCUAGAAAUAAAAAAAAAAAGAACCCAUUCGUUGGACAAAAGCUAACUGUUAGCAGAUUUAAAGUAAAACUGUCCGAGCCGAGGCCGGAACAUCGACCCGUUACCCGCCGCGCGGCAGCUCCGGGACGUUCUCCAACACUGCAGCUUUUUAUGUGUGGCUUCACAGCUGGACGUGCAUGUGUGACAAGUCUCUCUGAAACCAGGGCUUCCCUCAUCCGUGAGCAGCAAAGUGAGUUCCCAGUAAAAGAAAACGGCGUUUCUCUGCACUGAGCUGAGAAACGUCUCAGCAACCACAUCAGCUGGCAGCAGUUCCUGUAGUGGAGUUAGUUGAAAAAGCCCUCGCAGUCAAACUGAAGACCAACGGCUGGAGAGCGUUUCUCGUCUUUGGAGUAACGGGUUUUCUCAGAAUAUUAACAAGUCAGCUGUAAAUGCAUUUACAUGAUUUACAUUCAUUAGAACUUAAUCGGAGCAAUAAAUCAACAGAAAUGAUUAUUAGUGAUUUAAGGGUUUUCUUGUUGUUUUGUUUAGAUUAGAACAGUCCUUCUGAAGGACGAAAAGCUCGACUUUUCUCCAUCGGUGUUGACAUUCCCGGCAGGUGAGGUGUUUUCAGACCAGUCACCUAUCAGCAGUAGCAGGAACUAAAGGCUCUCAUCGGUCACAGCGGAUCAGUGGAGUCACCAGACUGGCUCACGGUCCGUUAGUCGGUGACUGUAACUAAUUGCUCAAUGCACUCAGAUUUUCCUUGUGUUGCAACAGUUUCAGGUGCUGGAGAGGAACAGGAACAGUCAGGAAUCCUCUCGCCAACCUAGAGCUCGCCACACCCCCCUUACUUCCUGCCUCUGCCAGACUCUUCCUGGUUUAGCUUCCUGCUAAGUUUGUGCCGAUUCUGCAGACAACCUGCUAGCUUCUGCAGGGAAACCCGCACUGAAACAACUGUGAUGAGAUGGCAAAAAGGAAAGGCACUGGUAUGCAUGAGUCGACUUCCUGUCUUGUGACCAAAGGUUGUCUGAGUGGCACGGUCUUCCUCUGGACGCUCCCUCUGAGGCAGACUGGAAACCAGAGCCGUCUCCUGCGGACGGUGUCAGAUUUCUGUCUGAGGGGACAUAAUGGACACAUCGAUCCGGGUGUCUCGGCCCCACAGGGUCAGUGAAUCCUCCAAGAUUUUUCACUGUGAGGACCAGGCUGUGGAGGUGCUGCAGGGGUUUAAUGAGCAGCGGCAGCAGAACCGGUUCUGUGAUGUGGUUCUGGUCGCUAAUGACCAGCGUGUCCCCGCUCACCGAGCCCUGCUGGCCAUCUCCAGCCCAUACUUCCAUGCUAUGUUCACGCUGGGCAUGAGAGAGGAGCAUCAGCUGGAGGUGGAGUUAGUUGGAAUGUCUUGUAUCGGUCUGAAGGCCGUUUUGGACUUCCUGUACAGCGGAGAACUGUUUUUAGAUGGAGGAAACAUCGACUGUGUGCUGGAAGCGGCGCACCUUCUGCAGCUUUGGCGAGUGGUGGAUUUCUGCUGCCAGUACCUGGAGCGGGAGGUGAACGAGGAUAACUACCUGUACCUUCAGGAGCUGGCUCAAGUCUACAGUCUGGAGCGACUCGACACCUUUAUUGACCACUUCAUCCUCGCACGCUUCUCCACGCUCUCCUUCACCCCCGAUUUCCUGCAAAACAUUCCUUUCCACAAGCUCGCCUCCUACCUUGCUAGUGACCGGGUCCAGCAUGACAGUGAGCAGGCGCUGCUGCGGGCAUCUCUUCAGUGGCUCCGCCAGAAUCCAGAGCGAACCCCGUACGCCAAACCGCUCCUCUCCUGCAUUCGAUUCCCUCUAAUGCCCGUGGGGGACCUUGUUAAUCUGGUUGUUCCGGCAGAACACGGGAAGCAAUCUUUGCUGCCCAAGGACGCCGGCUGUGACGUCCUGGUGGAGGAGGCGCUGGGGUAUCACGCCAGGCCGAGCGCUCAGCCGCUGCUCCAGACCGAACGGACCUUGCUGAGGGGAGGGGUGGAGCAGCUGCUGCUCACUGGAGGAGAGGUGUAUGAGCGAGGAGAGGAGCUGAGUGCCACGGUUUGCUGGCUGGAUAGUGAAACAGGAAGCUGGGAGUUGGAGACGGAGCUGCCAGCCCAGCGGAGCCACCACUGCCUAGCGGUGCUGGGGGGCUUCAUCUUCGCUGCGGGCGGCAGCUCGUCCAGGGACAACGGAGGAGACGCCGCGUGUAACCUGCUGUACAGAUAUGAUCCGCGGCACAAUCAGUGGACCAAGGGCGCUCCAAUGAACCAGCGGCGGGUGGACUUUUUCCUGGGAGCUGUGGGAGAUUUCCUGAUUGCUGUCGGAGGGAGGAAUGGGACCGGGGCGUUGUGCUCCGUGGAAGUUUACCACCCUGCAGACGACUGCUGGUCCUACGUGGCACAACUACCCAGGUUGACUUAUGGCCACGCUGGCACCAUCCACCAAGGGGACGUCUACAUCUCAGGCGGUCAUGACUAUCAGAUUGGCCCGUACCGCCACGACGUCCUGAGCUACGAUCCAUCACGGGACGGUGAGGUGUGGGUGGAGCGCCAGUCCAUGUCCCUCGCUCGAGGCUGGCACUGCCUGGCCUCCCUCAACAACCUCAUCUAUGCAAUCGGAGGCAGCGACGAUCACGCAGACACCACAGAGCGCUUCGACAUCCUGCAGGUGGAGUCCUACGACCCCCGCAGUAACCAGUGGACCCAGGUGGCUCCGCUGCUGCUGCCCAACAGCGAGGCGGGGCUGGCGGUCUGGACUGGGAAGAUCUACGUGCUCGGUGGCUACAGCUGGGAGAGCAUGGCGUUCUCCAGAGUCACCCAAGUGUUUGACCCCGACAAGGGGUCGUGGUCCAAAGGGCCGGACUUGCCUAAACGUAUAGCAGGAGCGUCGGCAUGCGUGUGCAUCGUGAAGCCAUCCCCGCGAUCGGCUUCGCCAGAGAGGAGGAGAGCAGAACGGGGAAUGAAGGGAAUACCGCAUCCCACGUAGCAGGAAGAGUGAAGACCUAGAGCCUCAGAGAAACUCAUGAUUACCUUUAUUAAGAUGUUUAAUUUGCUCUUUUUAUCCGUACGUUUGACUCUUUGCAGGAUCAUAGCUAAAAUAGAGGAAAAUAACAAAAAAGUGCAAAAUUUCUAUAAAAUCUGGUAAAAUCAACUGGAAAACAAUUCCCAAAACGUCCUCUUUGUGUUGCCAUGAUAACCGAUGUACAGUUUAGGCAUGGACCACUUUGUCAAAGAGCUGAUCCGGCAAGACUACGUUUUAUUCUUUAUAAUUGUACAUUUUUAGUUCUUUUAUCACAAGAGUAAUAAAUCCUUUCAUCUG